AUGAACAACGCGGUAUUCGGCAAAACUAUGGAGAAUGUGCGCGAUCGCGUUGAUGUAAAAUUACUGACAAAAUGGGAAGGCAGAUACGGUGCAGAGGCAAUGAUCUCGAAACCAAAUUUCCAUAGUCGAAGCGUCUCUUCGGAGAAUCUGAUCGCGAUAGAAUUGCGUAAGCUCGAGGUGAAAUUCGACAAACCGAUAUACCGGCACGGCCCAUGCGUGCUUACUCAGCACGUCGAUAAUGGUGAGAAUAUAGAGGUAACCUCUGUUGAAUCGUGUAUAUGGACGCAUCUCGACCACAUCCGCCUGCCACAGGUCGUCGUAUCCGUGUACUAUGACGUAUCUUCGCGGGAAAUUUCUUCUCGUCGGAGCGUGCACUUCAUUAACCAGCUGUCGUUUCUCAGACAUUAUGAAUAA